ACUGAUGCCAAGGUAACGGAUUUGGCUGUGGGAGAAAACAAGUUUAGCUGAACAGGUGCCUUAAACCGACGUUUUCACAUCGAAAGCUUUAAGCCACCGUCAGUGGAUUUGCUGCUGAAAGGUGUAACCUUAGGCUUCAAAGAGAAAAAGUGCUAGAUUGGGUGUGAUUUCGGGUGACGCUUAGCGCAGCUGAUAGCAGCUCCGGGGGCCGUAUCCAGAAGCAUCAUCAUGCCUGAAAAGGAGGGGGCCGCACGCAAGGACGCCAAACCAGUUCAGGGUAACGGCUUUUCUGAAAUGCUGUCCAGAUCUGAGACCAGGAUACACCCAGUAGAGUGUAAUGACCAACAGAGGCCGACACACCCGAGCCGACCCCUGAGCCGCGACGACAAGCGCUGUGCCUUCAUGGCUUGGAUCAAGGAGAACAUCCGGAAGAAGGAGUGUGCCUACUACAUGGAGGACGGCAGGGAGGGGGUCUGUAAGUGUGGCUACCCAAAGACUCACCAUGCCGAUGAGGCCAUCAAACCGGAGGAGUUCCUGGGAGAGUCAUGGGACAAAUACAGACACAUUCGGGAGACCCCCACUGACGCGUUCGGAGAUAUCAGCUUGGGCGGCCACAAAGUGGGAAAGUACAUCCGCGUCUCCACGGACACCUCCUCCGAGACCCUCUAUGAGCUUUUGACAGAGCACUGGAGACUCCGCCCUCCUAACCUGCUCAUCUCAGUCACGGGUGGAGCCAAGAACUUCUACAUGAAGACUCGUCUGAAGGAGAUGUUCCGCAGAGGGCUGAUUAAGGUGGCCCAAACCACAGGGGCAUGGAUUGUGACGGGUGGGACCCACACAGGUGUGAUGAAGCACGUGGGCAUGGCCAUGCGGGACUACGCUCUGAGUAGCAGUGCUUUCGAUGCCCAGGUUGUGGCCAUCGGCGUGGUCACCUGGGGAGUCGUGCACAACCGGGAACCCCUGGUCCACCCUGAGGGGUGCUUUCCUGCACACUACUCCCUGGACGAGCAGGGACAAGGCCGGCUCUCAUGCCUAGAUGUCAACCACUCGCACUUCCUGUUGGUGGACGAUGGCACGCACGGCCAGUACGGGGCGGAGAUCGCGCUCCGCAGUCGCCUGGAAAAGCUGAUCUCCCAGCAACCCCUUGGACAGAGAGCAGACGGCGGCGUUAAGAUCCCAGUAGUCUGUGUGGUGUUGGAGGGCGGGCCAGGCACACUCAAUACUAUCUACAAUGCCAUGGUCAACGGCACCCCCUCUGUGAUCCUGGAAGGCUCCGGGCGGGUGGCUGAUGUCAUCGCCCAUGCGGCAAGGCUACCCCUGUCUCAGGUCAACAUUGCCCUCAUCCGCAAGCUGAUGAAAAGGUUUUUCAGUAAAGAGUACGAGAGCUUCUCUAGCCUCAUGAUCAUCGAUUGGACCAAAAAGAUUCAGGAUAUCAUCAGGACGCCCCACUUGCUGACGGUUUUCCGAAUUGACGAGGAAAAGCACGUUGAUUUGGACGUGGCCAUCCUGCAGGCCCUCUUGAAAGCCUCCAGGACCUGCGACACCCCAGGGCACGAGAGCUGGGAGCAGCAGCUGGAGCUGGCAGUGGCCUGGAACCGUGUGGACAUUGCCAAGAGUGAGAUCUUCACCGAGGAAAGCCAGUGGAAGUCCACGGACCUUCACCGGGCCAUGCUUUCGGCACUGGUGGGCCACAAACCAGACUUUGUGAAGCUGUUUCUGGAGAACAACGUCAGCCUGAGAGAGUUCCUGCAUGAAGACACCCUGUGUGAGCUCUACGCCCACCUGGAGCCCGGCUGCCUGUUCCUGCAGAGGCUCAGAAAGCGGAUGAAGGCUGAGAAGGAGAACAGGAAUCAGCUGGACCGUCUGGGCCGGAGCCAGGUGUCCCUCCGGCACGUUUCCGAGGAGGUGCACCACUUCCUGGGAAGUUUCACCCAGCCGCUCUACUCCCUAAAGCACCCCUGCGCUGAAACUCCUGAGGACGACGUCUGCGUGACACUUCAGACCAAAGUGUCUGCAGAGCUCCAGAGUUCAUCCACCGCUGAUGAGGAGAGGGAGACAGAGGCACUCAGGGACCCCGGAAGAGACUUGUUCCUCUGGGCUGUACUGCAGAACGACAAGGAGCUGGCUGAGAUUGCGUGGGAGCAGUGCAGGGACAGUCUGACGGCGGCGCUGGCAGCCAGCCGGAUCCUGAAGAGGAUGGCCCUGGAGGAGGAUCAAGUGGGUGACGAGGCGGAGGAGAUGAGGAAGCUGGCCAAUCAUUAUGAGAGGCAGGCCAUUGGAGUGUUCAGCGAGUGCUACAGCUGGGACGAACAGCGGGCCGAGAGGCUUCUAGUCCGCAUCUCCCCUUCUUGGGGCAGGGUCACUUGUCUGCGUUUGGCUUUGGAAGCUGAUGACAAGAGCUUUGUGGCCCAUGUAGGGGUGCAGGCAUUUCUGACCCAGACCUGGUGUGGUGAGCUAGCGAUGAGCAAUCCACAGUGGAAGGUGCUCGUGUGCAUGGCCUUCCCUCUGCUUAUCUACACUGGCUUCGUCAGCUUUAGGCGUGACGAAGAAAUCCUCAAGGCGUCUGAGCGGAAAAACAAGCUUAAAGACGCCGUGGCGAGUGCUCCGUCAGAUACGAGGUGGAAAGCUCAGCUCCGACACGGGCAGAUCCACAUGAACCUCAAGUCUCUGGACUGCAUCUCCCGCCUGGCUGGCUUCGUUACGGCCCCCAUGGUGAAGUUCUACUGGAACAUCGUGUCCUACUUCAGCUUCCUGCUGCUCUUUGGUUUCGUGCUGGUGGUCGACUUCCAGCUGACGCCCUCCUGGAUGGAGCUGCUGCUGUACUUGUGGCUGAUGUCGCUGGUGGUGGAGGAGGUGCGGCAGCUCUUCGACGAUCCCGACGGGUCUGGGUUUCAGACGAAGGUCAAGAGAUACAUCAAUGACCUGUGGAACAUUUUGGAUGUGCUCUCCAUUCUGCUCUUCACGUGUGGGUUUAUUUUGAGGCUGAUCACAGCCACAUUCUAUGCAGGGAAGGUGAUCCUGUGCAUCGAUUUUAUCAUCUUCUGCCUCCGCUUGAUGGCCAUCUUCACCAUCAGCAAGACACUGGGCCCCAAGAUCAUCAUUGUCCGGAGGAUGAUGAUGGAUUUGUUCUUCUUCAUGUUCCUGCUGAGCAUCUGGGUAGUGGCCUACGGAGUGGCCAAGCAGGGCAUCCUGAUCCAAAACGAGGACAGGCUUGAAUGGAUCAUGCGGGGCGUGGUCUACGAACCCUACCUCAUCAUUUUCGGAAACGUCCCCACCGACAUUGACCGAGUACAGUUUAGCAUGGACAGCUGCACCCUCAAUGGCAGCGACCCCCUCAAGCCGAGGUGCCCAGUUCUAGCCGCUGACCAGACUCCAGUCUUCCCAGAGUGGCUCACCAUCCUCCUCCUCUGCGUGUACCUGCUGUUCGCCAACAUCUUGCUGCUCAAUCUGCUUAUUGCCAUUUUCAAUUACACCUUCCAGGAAGUGCAGGACAACACAGACUGCUUCUGGAAAUUCCAGCGCUAUGAGCUAAUCAAGGAGUACCACAGCCGCCCGGCAUUCCCCCCCCCUUUCAUCCUCCUGAGCCACCUGUACCUCCUCCUCACUCGCUUCCUGCUCUGCCGCCCAUCCAAGAACAAGCACAGGCAGUUCAAGGAGCAGCUGACUCGGUUUGAGGAGGAGGAGAUGCUGUCCUGGGAGGCCCUCAUGCAGGAGAAUUUCCUAGCCAAGAGUCGGCAGGAGCAGAGUCAGAGUGUGGAGUAUCGUGUCCAGCACACCUCUGAGAAGGUGGGGGAUCUGGUGGGGAUGCUGGAAGUGAACCAGAACCGAGACACUGACUCCAUGACGAAGAGACUGGCUCGUCUGGAGGAGCAGGUCUCACGAUCGGCCAAGGCGCUUUCUUGGAUAAUGAAUGCACUGAAGUCACAGGGCUGUGCGUCUGAAGAAGAAGUGCCUUCACUCACCUUGCAGCGGAGCCACACGGAAACGGAGCCAGCGAGCAGAUCCACUGCCGAAGGGGCUCCGUGCCACAUCAAGGCGCGGCAUCUCCACUACCCUGGCAGCCAGGUCACCCGCUUCCCCGUGCCCGAGGAGAAAGUCCCGUGGGAGGUGGAGUUCACACUGUACAAUCCUCCUGUUUACAGCACCCAGAGGAGCACGGACAGCCGAAGGAAGGGAACCCCGUCAGCUGGAGACUCUGACGUUGCUAACUUACAAAAGUACAGGAACCCGGGAGGAAGGACUGGGCUGAUGGGGAGAGGCUGUCUGGACCAACUGGGCCCAAACCAGAUCCAUGACCCAGUGAUCACACGCUGGUGGGAUGGAGACAGCCCCACACUGGAGUUCCUGGCCGUGUGGGAGGAGUCAGAGGGACGCUGGGCGAUACCAGGGGGACUGGUACAUUCAGACGAGACCCUUCCAGAGAGGCUGGAGAGGAUUCUGGGUAAGAAGGUGUGCGACAAGAUCAAAGUGCGACUGGCAGAGGACACCCGCCUACAAACGGUGUACAAGGGUUACGUGGACGACGACAGGAACACGGACAACGCCUGGGUGGAAACGACUGCCUUCAAUAUACACUUGGGAAGCAGCGCGUUGCUGGAUGAGGUGAAUCAAACGGUUCAGCGCAGACUGCUGACGAAGGAGUCCGUGUGGUGGCGGGAAGUGAGCAGCACCGCGCUCAUGUGCGCCCACCAUAAAGAAGUCCUCCGCCGGGUCGCCGAGCUCCACCAGGGGGCGUCCUGACCAGCCGUCCGUCACACACAGCACUGCCACGUCGCACACUAAUUAAUUGCUUGCCGCCGUAAGUUAGCGGGUGUGUGGCCGUGUGCCUUUCACUACUCCCCAGUAUUUAACCCCCACCCUUCCCAGAAAACUAAAGAACAGCAUAGCCCAUCCAAAAGACCUUGCCUGUCAUCUUCCACCAUAUUACCUCGACUCUGCUGCGAUUGUUCUAGAUGACAUCAUCCCUACAUGGGUAAUGGUGUGAUUUACACUGAAAGGCAGCCAGCCGCAUUUUAGCCUGAAUAUAAGGCCCACAGGGAAAAUUGGUUCUGAAAACCCAGUGUUAUGUUUAGAAGCUUUCAUCUUAUAUGCAAUGACGUGACCAUACCCAGAAAAGCUGAACUAUUAUAGUGCUUUUCUGCCACACCAGGUACCGUACUUUGGUAUGGUACUUUCUGUACUUUACCUUUUCCAUUGAUUUCCAGUCAAGUUCCAGCACCAAAAGUUCCAGUACACAAAGUACCACAGCAGCUGGGGUAUGGGGUACUCUUUUGGUGCUUUGGUACUUGGUACUUCAAACACCAUCUUGAAAGAAGUUACGAACUCAGAAAUGAUGUUGACAAAUGAAGAGACGAGAAGAGAAGUUUUAAAUGCAAUCUGGUCAGAGGAAUCAGAAGAAGAUCUAGAUGGAUUGACAAGAAAUAAAGAAGUAUUUUCUGUAAUAUACUAGGGUUACACAAUAUUGGAGGGGAAAAAAUCAAAUAUCGUAUUAUGACUUUGCUGUGAUAAAUAUUGGGAUAUUUAUAACGGAAAUAAGGAAUUUAAAAUACAUUCCUCAUAAACACAUCUAGGGUGAAAAUUAUUAUGAUAUUUUUUUAAACAUAGUCUGGAAAAGGAACAUUAAAAGGGUCAUUAAAAUUGCAAUGCUUGCUAAGUUUUGUUUCCCAUGACUAAAGAAAAACUUUAAAAAGUUUAAAAAAACUUUUUUUUUAGUGAAAACUAAUCCCCCCCGUGCUAUAAUGUCCAGACAGAGGCUAUAUGAAAAAGAAUAUGAAAAAGUCUCAGUCUAGCUGUCUUGGUCCUUGCAACUCAGUCUAGUCUUGGUCCUUGUAAUGAGGGGAAUGCAUGUGCUUAACGUGUGAUUUUUAAAAUUAAUAUCACACAUCUCCCAGCCCUAUAAUAUUAUAAUAUACCAUAGCCUUUUCUCAAAUUCAGCACAAAAUACCCGCCUCGCGUUGUGAUGUCGUUAGCAACGGGACCAGCUUUUAUGCCAGUGGAAAACCAACACCUUGAAGUACCAUGGUGCUUUGGUACCUGGUGCAGUGGAAAAGCACCUUUAAACAUUGGUGUACACUGGUGCCACCUUAAAGUGGUUUAUUAAGAAUCACUUGUGUGAGAAUCCUGUCAAACAACAUUCUACUAUUUUGGAGGGAGAUAUUCAGUAGCGUUUUAAGGAAUAGAUUUUCAAUGAAUGAAUGAAUGACAUUAAUAUAGCAUUAUUCAAGAUGCCUAAAGUGCUUCGUAGAAUCAAUGGGGAGCCGCUUCAACCCCCACCACUGUGUAGCCCCCCCUUGGAUGAUGUGACGACAGCCAUUCCGCACCAUUUUAAUCAGCACCUGCCCAAGAUCACAAAACUAGCUGACGUACUGCCUGGAUCAUGACUCCAAUAAAGUUAAAUCCAAGGCUGAGGAAAACCCUGCCUGCGAGACUCCAGAUAAACACCAACACAGUACUUAAUGCAUCUUUUACAUUACCUCAUUAUUAUAGCAGACAACUGAAUCCAUACAAAGCAUCUGGCAGUUCAGGUCCAGACCAAGAUUUUGCUUCAACCAACCAGUUGUGUAUAAAGAGUCACAGUCACAGAGGACUCAGCUGGUUGGUUGAAACAAAAUCUUGGUCUGGAUUUUGGCUUUCUGGACCUGAACUUUCCAUCUCUGAGCAGAACUCAGUUUGGGUUGUAACCUGGCGCAAGUGAAAAAGGCAAAACCUCUGCUGCAAUUUAGACCAAGAACCUGCUGGUUUGCUGCAGUUUCAAGCUGCGUUUAUAACUCAGAAAGAGCACAAUGGCUUUCAUUUCCCAGUGUGGGAUUAUACUGUCACUUUGUGUGAGCUCUGUAUGUAUCAGUACCACCCUAACCUGUCCUGUUCACUUUGUGACUCUUCAAAAGCCUGCAGCUUAGCAGUUGGUUAUUUCCCAAAUACAGAAGGGAAAUGUUGAUUUUUAAAUAAAGCAAAGAUGAUAACCAGCAGUGGCGUAUAGUUCAGGUCCAGAAAGUAAAAAUCCAGACCACCAUUUUGUUUCAACCAACCAGAUGAGUGUAAAGAAUCAGUCACAGAGGACUCAACUAGUCAACUGAAACAAAAUCUUGGUCUGGAUUUUUAGACCUGAACUCUCAACCUCUGAUAACCACGGUUAUUACAGCACCCACAACGGAUAAUCGAGGACACAUAACAUGAUCGAUUCUCUAAUGUUUACACCAUUUCAUAUAAGGUGCACUCAUUUUUAUACUUUUGCCUUAUAUAUAUGUUACUCUUGAGGAAGUUAAUGAAUAGACGUAAUCUGUUUGUUUACAGUAAUUAACAUUGCUUAUUGUUUUUGUAUCAUUGGAAAAAUGUUUGGAUAUUGACCAGUUAAAAAUCAUAUCUGUGUGAGUUUUUAUAAUCCAUCUGUCUCUCAAGCAUUUAUGCUGCUCAAGGUUAUGGGGGCGGGGUCUUCUGCCGGACAGCACAGGGCACACGGAUGGGGUACAGCACUGACUGUUCCUGUAAUCUUACUGAUAACAUAUGCAUACACAGAUAUAUUCAGCUUAUGGUUAUCUUGUUCGGGGCAGUAUGUUCUGUAGUAGACCCUAUGUGCUUUGCCGUCUGUCUCACUUGUACGUCACUUUGGACAAAAUCCUCUGUUAAAUAAACAACUAUAAAUGCAGUAUAGCCAGAUGAAUUUAACCAGUUUAAGGGUCUUUAUUUUGUGGAAGCUCAAAAAUAUAAGUGGGACUUAAGCGGAAUUUGGCCAGUGACCUAGUAAUCAGAACAGCAGAGUGUUAGAAACAUUCACCUUUCCACGCAUGUAAUUUAAAACCACAAAUAUCUUAAGCAUUCCUCACGUCAAAACAGACCUAAGGUGCUCUGGUACAUCAUAGUAUGAUCAACGUCGAUCAUGACGGAUGCCGGGAUUACAAUGGUGAUGGUACAACUAUUAAUAGUACCAGAGCAAAACGGGGAAAUACAAUGUUUGCUGUUUAUUGUGCUCUAGGUUUCACGUACAACCUGCUAAUCCUGUUCAAGCAGCUUCACAGUCCGGAUUCUGGAGGAUUAACACAGCCACUGAUCGUGUGCCACAUUUAGGCUUAUUGCGUACGAAGUUACACAGCAAAGUUUGUCGUGUUUACAUUUACAUUGUACCCGUGUCUAUGUUGUACAAAUGAAAUACAGAUUGUGUGUAUAUUCCAUCAGAAAUAAAAACUAGC